UGCCAUUGUUAACAGACAUGAGACUUUCGCUGGUAGUAUCAUGUUUGGGUCCUGGCCUAGCGCUGCUAGCAGCAGCCCUUUGGUCAAUUUGGCCAGUGAUUCUGCGGCUUCGACGAAUUCCGCAAGUCUUGGUUUACCCAGAAAACAAAGACAAAGAUGCUUUGAGGAUAGGAAUUCUGGGUGCUUCUUUCAUUGCCCGAGCUGCUGUGAUACAUGCUGCUGACAAGCGCCAAGAUGUGCUGGUGACUGCUGUGGCUGCCCGCAGUGAGUCGAAGGCUAAAAGUUAUGCUCAGCAGCACCGCAUCCCGGCGUUUCAUGGUGGAGCAACGGCAUAUCGGGAGCUCUUGGCCAGAGAGGAUGUGGAUGCCGUUUAUGUGGGUCUCCCGACUGCACUUCAUCUGGAGUGGACCUUAGCAGCUUUGAAUGCUGGAAAGCAUGUCCUUUUGGAGAAGCCAGCGGUUCUGAGUGCAGAAGAGGCACAUCAAGUGGUGAAAACCAUGAGAGAAACUCAGCUCUUGGUCUUUGAAGCUGCCCAUCACCGCUACCAUCCAGCUGCACGUCGCUUCAAACAAUUGAUGACAUUCGGCGGUGAUUCUGAGAUGGCAUCUGCAUCAUUUGAUGUUCGCUUCUCGAUGUUGGAUCCCCCAUCCCUUUUGAACAGCAUCAAGGACACUCUAGGCCUUUCUGUGUCACUUUCCAGCGAGGACAGGCGGCGCGAAAGGAUCAAAAACUUGGAUCGCUGGUGGUAUUGUGUGGAUAUGCUUCUGUGGUCCACAGGCGCUUACGAGGCAGAAGUCGUAUUUGCAAAGGAGGAGCGGUUCUCCAUUUCUGCGACCUUGAAACUGCAGUUGCCCAACCGCAGCACUACGGCAACCCUAUCUAUGGCGAGAGAUUCCUGGCGAGACCCAUUUACCUGGAGCAUUUCAGCAGGGAAUCGUUCAAGCGAGACGAGCUUGCGGCUUCAGAAUUUCGGUUUCCCGUUCAUUUGGCAUCGCUUGGAUCUGAUUCGCAAUGGUCAACAAACUUCGGAGCAACUCUAUGGUGCUGGCGAGACCACGUCAAGGGCCCAGGGUUUGAACACCAAUUGGGAUACUUCCGCGAAGCUGUUAGACGAGGAUCUCUUGACAAGGAUGCUUCUUUUCUUCUUACGGCCCAAACCAUUGAUCUGAUUUUGGAAGCAACUGGAACAGGCCAGUUUUCCAUCACCCGCGACCUGACUUAGGAAGCAAUUCAGUGUCAAAAGGAGAUUCUGGUUGUUUCUAGUGUCAUUUUACUUGGUAAAACUCCAGGUAAUAUCGGCUGUAGCCCAGAUUUUCGUCAGUGGAACCAGCAGAUUUAUCACUUGGAUUGUACAAGAUGACUCCGAAGUUCUGGUUCCGCUUGGCCACUCGUCAGCAAAGCUGGACUGGGAAUCUGAACCUUUGAAAAGUGAACACAAUUCUGGCGGCGUGGCACAUGGAGCGUCCUGCAGAUUAC